AUGCACGGUUGCAAUAGCAAAUAUAAUUCUGGAAGGAGAGUGUAUAAUUGGAUGGAGUUUGGUGGAGGUAGUUCUUUUAAAAGCGCCCCCGUGCGCUGCUAUAAAUGUUUGGAAUUGGGACACACACAGGCGUCUUGCUCAUCCACUGUUGACCGUGGCAAUGUGUGCUAUAGGGACACAAAUCUGUCAGAUGUGACGAAGCACCACAUUGCGUUAUAUAAGCCUCCAAUUUUACCCUUACACAAGGCACCUGGAGCCGAAACCAGAAAAGAUCGUCCUUCCAUCGCAUAUGAGAUCGUCCUUAGCGCCGUUUGUCGUUUCACUUCCUAG